GAAUAAAGCGAUAUCGAUAUUAUAAUUAUUAUAAAUGUUAUACGUGGUUACUAAUUAUUUAUUUAGGUAUUUUGUGCAGAAGUUAGUUUAAUUUUAUUUAUUGCAGUAAUUAAUAGUCUUAGGAAACAUUCAUCAUAUUGAUGUGAAAAUGAAAUUUAUCUAAUAAUGUAACAGUGAAUGAAAUAUAUAGGUCUGGAUCUAACUCGUAUCAUGGUAUCUAGCUAUUAGGUAGGUAGCAUUAAAAACUAUGUAUUUUUUUUCUAAAAGGCUUAUUCUUAAUUGAACUGAUUAAAGUAGCCUGGUUUUGUAAGACCUUGCUUAUCCCUGAUUUUUUCGAAGAUGGGUUUUAUUACCCAACAGAAAAAGUAGCUUAAAUGUUGUUGGUUAUUAUAUCACAAAGAUUAUAAUAAUAUACUGUACAUAUUCAUGAAAUGAUUCUCAACCAUAUCACUUCCUAACUCAACCAAUUGUCGUUACCUUAUUUCUGCCCUAGAUUGCGGCAAUUCCGCCGAAAGUAACGGCGUGCCAAGUUUAGUGAUUUUCAUAACACGUUCUAGAUGUUUCAAUUCGUACGUGUUGUAAUUUUUUCAAACUGUUUAAAGAACGACCUGCAUUACAUAGAUAUUUAAAUUGUUAUUUAUGGAAGUUACACCACUGGUGCUAUCCAUAACAACAUUUAUAUAUUGUAUAUAAAAUGUUUGUAUUGGGACCCUGAUUAAAUAUGUUUAUCGAUAAAUUAAUAAAUUAGUGCACAAGGACUACUCUAUUCGUGCAGCUGUCAACAUAACGAGUUACGUCAAUGUCAAACAGACGUCAGUCGCGCAUGAUACAGUUGCAUUAUUCAGGUUACUUUUUAUUUAAAUUGUAAAAUAGUCUUCAUAGUUCAGUAGUUACACGUGGAAACUUAUACUAGUGGUAGCGUAGCCGUUUUCUAAAAUUAUAUAUUGAAUUCAUUAGGAUUUAUAAAGUUGUAACCAUAAUAGGUUAGAUUUUCAGUGGUGUCGAUUUCAGAAAUGACUUUACCUGUUGAUAAUGGUUUUAUGAAUUAUGAGAAUAGCCGUGACAGCGCCAAGAAACCAACAGUAAAGCAGGCAUAUGCAGAAGGGGGUAUCAAGGCGGGUGCGUCCCGCCUCGCGAGUGUAACUUACAGCGUCCUGUCGCGGCGCAAAGCUGCAGAGGAAGGAGCUGCGAGGUUAGCCAGGGUGCUAUCAGCUCUCGAUCUCACAGCGCUGGGCGUUGGUAGUACCUUAGGUGUAGGCGUUUAUGUGUUAGCUGGAGACGUCGCUAAAAAUUACGCGGGACCAGCUGUGGUCCUUUCUUUUUUACUAGCGGCAGUGGCUAGCGUUUUUGCUGGUCUGUGCUAUGCAGAAUUUGGCGCUCGAGUCCCUAAAGCGGGAUCAGCUUACGUAUACAGUUACGUAUGUGUCGGAGAAUUUAUUGCUUUUAUCAUUGGAUGGAAUCUCAUACUCGAGUAUAUUAUAGGUGCUGCGUCAGUGGUGAAAGCGUUGAGUGAAUAUUUGGAUUCGUUGCUUGAUAAGGCGAUGUCUACACACCUGCAGGCGGUGAUGCCGCUGGACUCGCCACAUCUGGCACGGUACCCGGAUCUCUUCGCCUUCGCUGUCAUUAUGGUGUUUUCUGUGGCACUCGCGUUCGGCGUGAAAGAGUCGACGAGGUUCAACAACUUCUGUACCGGCGUCAAUCUGUGUGUUGUAUUGUUCGUCAUCAUAUCCGGUUCCUUCAAAGCCGAUACGAAAAAUUGGCGCAUCCCUGCGUCGGAAGUGCCUAAGAGUGAGAAGAAAGAUUUCGGCAGUGGCGGGUUCGCACCGUACGGACUCGCCGGAAUCAUAAAGGGGGCUGCCGUCUGCUUCUACGGGUUCAUCGGUAUGUUCUAUUAAAUAUUUCUAAUUCAUAUAGUUAAGGAGUUUAUGCUUCGAGCACACCAAUUUCGUUUCUAAAAUUGUGUAAUUUUCUAAAAUUGGUUAUAAUUAUAUUGCUUUAUAUGACAUACUACUUUUUACUAGCUACAUAUUUUUGUCUACAGCCUGGUUUUAAAGAAGUC